AUGGAUGAUUUUAGUGUUUAUAGUUCUGACUUUGACAUGUGUUUGCAUAAUCUUUCCAAGCCACUUAAGUGUUGUUGUGAUGUUAAUUUGGUCUUGAAUUGGGAAAAUUGUCACUUCAUGGUCAACGAAGGAGUGGUACUUGGUCAUCUUGUUCCUGAACGUGGCAUCCAAUUUGACCGAGCAAAAAUUGAGGUGAUUGAGAAACUUCCCCCUCCCAUGAAUGUCAAGGGACUGAGGAGUUUUCUUGGUCAUGCGAGUUUUUCUCGUCGUUUUAUAAAAUAUUUUUCUAAAGUCGCAAAACUCCUAACUCAUUUAUUGCUUAAGGAUGCCACUUUUGAUUUCACUGAUGCUUGUUUGGAGUCCUUUGACAGAAUUAAGAAAGCAUUGAUAAUUGCUCCAAUCAUUCAACCUCCGGACUGGAAUUUUUCGUUUGAGAUUAUGUGUGAUGCUAGUGGCUAUGUUGUGGGAGCAGUGCUUGGGCAAAGGAAGAAUAAGGUGUUGCAUGCCAUCUACUAUGCAAUCAUUAUUCACACUGAUCAUGCCGACCUCAAGUAUUUGUUGGCAAAAAAAAAGGCGAAACCGAGGCUCAUUCGAUCGAUUCUUCUUCUUCAAGAGUUUGAUCUAGAGAUACCGGAUAAGAAGGGUGCUGAGAACGUUGUUGCAAAUCAUCUCUCUUAUUUGAGGUUUCAGUCGAGCUCAGGUGGCCCCAUGGAUGAUUCUUUUCCUGAUGAUCAUCUCCGUGAGUGUCUACCCAAUCCCCUUGGUAUGUUGAUUUUGCUAAUUACUGUGAUGGCAGAUCUCAUCCCCCUAAUCUUACGUAUCAGCAGCGCAAAAAAUUUUAUCAUGAUGCUAAAAGGUAUUUCUAUAAAAAAAUGUGCUGAUGGUAUGUUUGGUAGAUGUGUUGCUGAUUGGGAGAUUGAGGGAGUUCUACAACAUUGUCAUAGCAUGCCCUCUAGUGGUCACCUAGGCUCCCAAGCCAUAGCUUAUAGAGUCAUUCAGAGCGGAUUUUACUGGCCAACAAUUUUCAAGGAUGCUCGUGCCUUUUGUGUGUCUUUUGAUGCUUGCCAAAGGACCGAUAAUAUCUUCAAGAUGCAGGAAAUGCCACAGACAGCCAUAACAUCACCAACCAAUGACUCUCAAGUAGUGAUCAAGAUGUUCAAGAAAAUAAUUUUCCCCCGUUUUGGUGUGCCUAGAAGAGUCAUCAGUGAUGGAGGCUCCUACUUCCAUAAGAGCACCUUUAAGGCUUUGUUGAAAAAACAUGGGGUCACUCACAAGGUUGGCUUGGCUUAUCACCCUCGGACCAGUGACCAAGUAGAGGUGUCUAACAGACAGAUCAAAAGGAUUUUGGAGAAAGUAGUCACCAAAGCAAGGAAAGAUUGGUCCUUGAAACUUGAUAAUACUCUUGGGCUUUGCAAACUGCAUUUAAGACCCCUUUGGGAACAACUCUAUAUCGGAUGGUGUACGGCAAAGCUUGCCAUUUACCAGUUGAAAUGA